AUGGCAGGAAUACUACUGAGAUUAGGGUUUCAGAUAAUUCUGUUAUCAUGUUCAAUCUGUGCAUUCGCACUGGCAGCAAAUAUAACAAGAAGUCCAUCAUGUCCAGCAGAAUGCAGUGGGAAUAAUGUUAGCAUUCCGUACCCAUAUGGAAUAGGUGAUGGUUGCUAUAUUUCCAAAUGGUUUGAAAUCGUAUGUAAUGAAACUGACACUUUCAAUGGUAAGUCCAGAAUACCUGUCAUAAGGCGGUUCAACCUGGAGGUGCUGGAGAUUCUAUUAGAUAAUGGCCAAGUUCGGGUCAACUACCCGGUAUUUACGAGUUGUACUAAUGAUCCAACCACCACAUUCAAAGAAGAAUUAGCAGGAAGUCCUUUUGUCUUCUCCAGCAGUGGCAACUCCUUCGUUUCCAUGGGUUGCAACAACGCUGCCUCAAUAUGGUCCAACGAUGGGAAAGUCUCAAUUGGUGCAGUGUGCCAGUCCGCUUGCGAUCACAAAACAAUAUCAUCAAGAAAUGGAAAAAGUUGCCAGGACAUUGACUGCUGCCAAACCACAAUCCCCAAAGAUAUCCAAUCAUUCACUGCAAGAAUAGAGCCAAGAUCAGAUUAUUCCGAGAAGGUAGUCGGAGAAUGCAGGUAUGCAUUCUUGGUACAACGGCAGUGGUUUGAGAACAAUUUCGAAAUGCCAAAUCCAAAUAUAUCCUUUCCAGUGGUAUUGGAUUGGGUGAUUGAUAGUACUACCAAAAGUUUGCUUCCAGUAGAUCCGAAUCACUCGCCACCAAGUAGCUGUGCCUCCGGCGGUUAUUCUUCUUUUGAUUGGAGCUUUACUUACAUUUCCAGAUGUAGAUGCGAUCGCGGCUUCCAUGGAAAUCCCUAUGUUCUUGAAGGAUGUCAAGGAAUUAGUCUUGGGCUAGUAGUAAUACUUAUUGGUGGAUGGUUGUCCUACAAAGCAGUAAAUAAAAGAAAGUUGAUUAAGCAGAAAGAGAAGUUCUUUAAACGGAACGGUGGACUAUUGUUACAGCAACAAUUAUCUUCCAAUGAAAUCAAUGUUCAAACCACUAAAUUGUUUGAUUCAAAGGAGUUAGAGAAGGCCACGGACCGGUUUAAUGUAAAUAGAAUGCUUGGUCAGGGAGGACAAGGUACGGUUUACAAAGGAAUGCUAUCAGAUGGAAGCAUUGUCGCAAUAAAAAGGUCUAAGAUAAUUGAUGAACGACAACUAGAACAAUUCAUUAAUGAAGUUGUUAUUCUUUCACAAAUUAACCACAGGAAUGUGGUUAAACUACUUGGUUGUUGUUUGGAGACAGAAGUUCCUCUACUCGUUUAUGAGUUUAUUCCUAAUGGAACUCUUUCCCAAUAUCUCAAUAACCAAAACAAAGAGUUUCCCCCAACAUGGGAUAUGCGCUUACAAAUUGCCGCAGAUGUCGCCGAAGCUCUCUUCUACUUGCACUCAGCAGCUUCUUCACCCAUUUACCAUCGAGACAUCAAGUCUACAAACAUACUUUUAGAUGAAAAGUAUAGAGUUAAAGUAGCAGACUUUGGAACUUCAAGAUCUGUUGCAAUUGAUCAAACCCAUCUGACCACACAAGUACAAGGUACUUUUGGAUACUUGGAUCCUGAGUAUUUUCAAACUAGUCAGUAUACAGAAAAAAGUGACGUUUAUAGUUUUGGAGUUGUCCUUGUUGAGCUAUUAACUGGACAAAAAGCAAUCUCUUCAUUAAGAACAGAAAGUACCAAAGGUUUAGCCUCGUAUUUCAUUCGUUCAAUGGAAGAAAACAAUUUGUUUGAUAUCCUUGAUGAUCGAGUUUUGAAAGAAGGUGAAAAUGAGGUCUUUGUGGUUGCGAAUCUUGCAAAACGGUGCUUGAACUUGAGUGGAAAAAAACGACCUACGAUGAAAGAAGUUUCAAUGGAGUUGGUGGCCGUUCAAACGUCGAGAAAAGGCGCUUCUAACCUUGAUCAGGAAAAAUAUGAAGAGGGUGAUUAUGUUAGAACUGAAAUGUAUGGGCAAUGGGCUGGUUCUACAUCAACAACGUUAACAUCAUGUGUGGAUAGUAGCGAUCAACAUCUUUUGCCAAUUUCUUCUUAA